CCAAGCCUAACAAGCCCAGCCCGGCCCCGUCUCAUCCUGUGACCCUGUCCAAAACACACCCGGUGCCCAAGUGGUAGCGGCGGCGGCGAUGCGGCUGCUCUCCGGCGUCUCGGCUUCCCGCCUCCCCUGCCCUCUCCUCUCGUUCGCCCGCGCAAGGCCUAGAUGUGUGCCGCGCUCUUCCUCCAUCUCCGCGUGCCGGGCCGCCUCCUCGUCAGCUGCGUCCACUGGUGACGGCGGCGCGCGGAAGCCGUGGCUGUUCGUUGGGCUCGGGAACCCCGGGAAGAUUUACCAGAGUACUCGCCACAACGUUGGAUUUGAGAUGAUUGAUGUUAUAGCAGAAGCUGAGGGUAUAUCACUCAGCAGUAUGCAGUUCAAGGCAAUGGUUGGCAGAGGUCGUAUUGGAGAUGUCCCUAUCAUGCUUGCCAAGCCGCAAACAUUUAUGAAUGCAAGCGGUGAGUCUGUUGGGCAGCUGGUUUCGUAUUUCAAGAUACCACUUAAUCAAGUUCUUGUGAUGUAUGAUGAUCUAGAUUUACCCUUCGCAAAAUUGCGACUACUGCCAAAAGGUGGACAUGGCGGGCAUAAUGGGAUGAGAAGCAUUAUCAAUCAUCUCAAACAGACUCAUGAUUUUCCACGUCUAAGAAUUGGCAUUGGACGACCACCUGGGAAGAUGGAUCCAGCUAAUUUUGUUCUUAGGCCAUUCACCAAGAAAGAGCAAGAAGAGCUCGAUUUCACGUUCCAUAGGGGCUUGGAAGCAGUAAGAAUAAUGACAGUUGAAGGAUUCAACAAAAGCGCUACUUUCGUGAACACUGUGCAAUCAUCCGAAAUGCUGAAUAGGUGAUAAACCCAUUGAUUCAUUUUUAUGCCAAAGAGAUUGGCUGAUCUUCGCUAUAUGAAGACCCUACAUCACUGAGAAUUGAAGGUUUGUUGCUUUGUUGGUGCACAACUGCACAUGCCGACAUAUGGCGACAUUGGGUGCUGAUUUAUACACAGCAAUAGAAGUAUUACGAAUUAAUUGAUGCCAUCUCCCCCCAUGUUCCGGAAAAGAUUUCUUUUAGACAUAUUGUCUUCAGGACGUACAUGUUAUCACUAUUUUCUACUGAAAUAUAUCUGUGAAACCCAGCAAAACCAUUGCUAGAAGUAGUUAUGAAUGCAUAUAAAUUUGAAUUA